GGAGACGGUUAUUUUGUCUCCAGUCGAUCACCAUGCACCGGAAACACUUCAAAAAUCAUUCGAAAUCAGUGGUGAGAAGUCUUUUAUCACUGAGUUGAAUAUAAAAUCCGCACACACGCUGGAAAUAAACAAACGGAUUCAAACGAAUAAAUGGUUAGAAGACGCCUUUCGUAAGCAACAAGCCGAAAUGCAUGCACAACAAACGAUCGAUUCACCUGGAUGGCAGUUCAAUGAUGUAACAUCGGAUAAUUUUGGCAUACAAAGUACAAUCAACGGUAUCCAAAUUGUAGCCGAUGGAAUUGAUCCAACGGCAAAGAAUAUUAUAUUUGUUGAUGACAACUCAUCGAAAACAUUAACGAUCGUGUCGGACAUAUCGAUUUCGAAUGAUGCACAGAUCGGCUCCAACAGUAAACUGGAAACGACUGAGCUACGGCCAUGCAAUGUGUUAACGUUAAUCCCGAAGACCGUACAUUUGAUGCAACGGUAUUGGAAUGAAGUGCAUGUGAUUGGAAAUGUAAAAGUCGUUGACAAACAAUUGAGUACAAAGCAAUGCACCACUCCGUUUUGUUACUUCCAAAUGGCAUUGUUAUCUGGAACGGAGGAAACCAUCAAUACAAACAUUGUAUUCAAUUUAAUCGACAGCCAUGGUAAAUUUUCAUUCAAUCAAAUCAUCAUGUGGUCUACGAACGAGACCACAUUAAUGAACAACAUCAAUUUGCUAGACAUUUUCAACGACGCGAUAACACGUACACCGGUCCUUCCAUCGAAUAUUGGAGAAGCAAAAACGUUCAUUGCACCAAAGGAGCUAAUUGGAAGCGAAAUCAUUUUCUAUGUAUCAGAUGCACUUUCAUCCAACGAGUUUACUGUGAAUUUAAUCAACGAUAUAAAUGUCAACUAUUUGAACCGCACAUUAUACCUACAAAGCACCACAAGAGAAAUGAUUGUUUACACUUGGCAAAAGAUCCUGUUUUUAGAUGCACCGAUAGUUCGAACCAUUACAUUGCGGAAUCAAUCAAUCAACGGUGUCGAUGUAUCAACGAUUUUAUUUGCACAUUCCAAUCAAAGUGCAUCGCUCGUAUUCCAAAAUCAAAUCAACGAACUCAACACAAAGUACACGGGUACAUUCAUUGGUAGUGGAACCGUUUACGUAUCUCUGGUGAAUGGUAUAUCAUUCGAGUAUUUCAUCGAUAAUCGAUGUAAGCUGUCGAACAAUCCAUAUGCAACAAAUAAGCCACAAACCAUCGAAGGAUACUACACUUUUGAGAAUUUGAUUUUAACCGGUGAGCACGUGGCAGUGGAGCAAAUCAACGAUGUCCCAUGUGAUGAGAUGGUGCUAAAGCAGUCAAAGGAAAAGCAAUCGAUUACCGGCGAUAAGCGGAUUGAGGGUGAUUAUUCCCAGCUGUUUAUCGAAAAACCAUUCCAUGUGUGGAAAACCAAUCGAUUCGAAUUUGUUGCGAUUUUCGCCAAAUCCAUUCUUCUGGAUCACAAACAAUCGAUCGAACGUCUUGAGCAGCAAAGUCCAUACCAAUUGAAUGCUCAAAGAGCAUACGUACGGUUAUGAUAAAUAGAAAUUUCAGUUAAAUACAGAUCGAAACAAAAUGUGAUUCCUAACGCCAUCUAUUAUCAUCGAACCGAAACGCAACCAGUUCAACUGUCAUACUCAUAUCAAAUUGUCAGUCGGAAAGAAAAAAUUGUUGUCAACAUUAUUCAUAUCAAUUGUUAUUUAAAAGCAAAUAAUGUAAUAAAGCAAAAAUGUUACUAAAUGAACAAGUUAUUUCAGGUGAACAACAAUUAAAGCAAUUUUCAACAUUCCUCAAAAAUCAUCAGACUGUUUUGAACAAUGUCAUUUCCAAGUGUUCAAUCAUCGCUACGGAUGAGUGCAGCAAUGAUGAAAUGCGAUUGGGCUCAAUUUUAACGUGUGCCGAAAAAAAUACACUGCAUUUACAACCAAGCUCUUCGAUUGGAAUUCACUUUUCAUACGCUGCCGAGCAGAUUUCAACCAUUGACUUAAUCCAAUCGGAUAAUAAAUGUUUGAAUAAAACAAUAGCUGUAUUCGUUGAGCUAUGCAUGGAAGUUCGAAAAUUGUGUAAAGAAGGAAAUUCUCUACUGGUCAAAUGCGUUUUUGCCAAUGAAGAAGUAUUCGAACACAUACAAAACAGUGAAAACAACUUGAUCGAUGAUCCGAAUGAGUCUUCCAAAAUCGAUGAUAUCUCGUUGUCAAUCGAUGUCAUCAACAAAUUUAGCAGCUUAUUGGGCGUACUUCUACAGGCUCAACAAUUCAUUGAGCGUUGCUUUAUCAUUGUUUCCGAAAUCAUUAGACAGUUUACAGCGUUAUUUGAUGUCAAUUCUAGCGGACACAUCAAUGUAGAUCACUCAUCUUUACACUUCCAAACGGUGUUCAACUAUUUGGCCGAAACCAUAAUUUUAAUCAUCAAAUUUGAUAGCAUCUUUCAAGGUAGUCAAUUGCAAAAUGUGUGGCCGCAAUAUAUGAACGCUAUCAAAUUAGCCGAAAGCAAUAUCAAUACAUUCAACGAUGUGGGUGGUUUAACAAAUGCUCUGCUUAAAAUUGAUUAUCUACUGUCGGGCCAUCUUUUUCAGAGUUUGAUUGACAGUGUCUCCACUUAUCAAACCAAAUACGAAACAUCCGCACAAGCAUUUACACAGUUUAGCAAUCAGUAUCAUUCGUACCUAAAGAAUACUUUGAAUGUGGUGCAAAAGAACAAUGCAACCGCUCAGACUCGAAACACUUCAAAUUCCAUACUGUCGUUCAGCACAUUCAAUGCUGAGGAUAGUGCAUCCAGUGAUACGCUGUUGGCGCUGAUCGAAGAUAUUGCCUUGGAUCCAUCGAGUUUAAUUGUUAAAAUGAAUGCAAUGUGUAUUGUAUAUCAUCACUUGUUUGGAAACUUGGACCAAAAAUUAUUCGCUAGCAUCAUCGAAAGCAAUGCAAAGUUUCCCUGUGUUCUAUUGCUGGACAAUGUGAUUUGGUCGCCGGAUUUAUUUUUGAAUGAGUAUGGAUCAACUUUACUCGCGAAAAUUCGCGGUGUAAAUGAAAAAAUAUCUGUAGUCAAUGUACAACGUACUCAACAGCAAUGGCUUCAAACGAAAUGUCAACGGCUUUCAAAGGAUAUGCCACUCCACAUUAAUCAAAUUACAACGUGGAUAAUGUGCUUUCGCAACGAAUUUGGCUAUAGUGGCAGAAGCAAAAACCAAAACCAGCCUUUACCCAAUGGUGAUUUAAAAUCAUCCGAUUUGAACAGAAAAGUUGUUUUAAUUCUACAGGGCAUUGAUUUUAUAGAAAAAUUUAACAAUUUAAUCAAAACAAUAACAAACCUACACGUGCAUAUCGAGUGUGCAAUGACAAAACAGAGUAUUCUCUCCGUUUGCAAACUCAUCGAACUUAUGAAAUUCGUGAAACUAACGAUGAAAACAUAUUCAACGGAAAUAUUCAACACGACUUUAUGUUUAUCGCAAUAUCAACUGUAUCAAACACUGCACAUAAUAACAAAUGCCAAGAAAACUUUCCAAUCGGUAUCUUCAUCGAAUUCAUCGGUCUAUGAUGAAAGAACGGUGGAUAUUUUGUCAGCAUUGGAACUGUCUCAAUCAGUCUUGAUUGGAUCCCCGAAUGUGAAACGAAUUUUAGUAGCGCGAUUGGCUUUGACAAUGGCCGAUCCGAAGCAAGUGUUUCAAAUGGAUCAACUGAGCAAGAUUUGUCGUCUGUUUGUAUCCAUCGAACGUCUAAUCCAAUUCUCUGAUAUUCUGCAAAACUUAUCAUCCGAAUCGUAUAUGUAUUGUUUUCAAGAUGCAAUUCUGCCGGUGUAUACGCGUCAUAUAAUCGAUGUGAAUGAAGCUUCUGACUGUGAGAAAAUUCAGUAUUUAUUCGAAUCGAUUGCCGAUGGCUACUUUGAUUUAAUAUUAGGAUCGGAUAUGGUUGAAUUCAAAUGCCCCAGCAAACUCACUAGAGAUACAAGUAUGAUCGUGAAUGAAAAUUUGAUUGCAAAAUUAUGUGGUCUCAUUGAAAUGCGACUACGGUUGGAUGUUCAUACCAGUCUUCAAUUGCUACAAGUAGAAAACAAUGAUCCAUUCGAAAAUACCCCAGCAAAUCAAGCAAAGCGUAUUCCAAUUGAGGAUGUGUACAGGCUCUUAGCUUCAAAAAUGAUUCCAUUGUUGCGUACACAUUCAAAAGAACCAUUUUCGAAAUACUGUUACUUGAGUUUAAGGGAUCACGUGAGCAAGUAUUUGAGUCAAAUGUUCUACAAUCUAACCACGAUAUCAAUGCAUGAUUGGCGAACCUAUGGACAAAUGCGAAUUUUGGCCAAACAAAAAUUUCACCUGGAAUCGGUCGAAGAUCAUUUGCCAACGCAAACUCUGGAACAGGGACUAGACGUGUUGGAAAUCAUGCGAAACAUUCAUUUAUUCGUGUCAAAUUAUUUGUAUAAUUUGAACAAUCAGAUUUUUAUUGAGAAAAACAGUAAAAAUAAGCACUUGAACACGAUCAAUAUUCGACACAUAGCCAAUUCAUUGCGCACGCACGGCAUCGGCAUUAUAAAUACUACCGUGAACUUCACAUAUCAAUUCCUUCACAAAAAGUUCUACAUUUUCUCUCAAUUCCUUUACAAUGAACACAUUCAGUCGCGUCUAAUGAAAGAUUUGAAGUUAUUGCGUGAAGCCAAUUCAGAGAAAUCAGAAGACCAACAAAUGUAUAGCUACGAACGAGCCAAUAGCUUGAACCGCUAUAUCCGCCAGCUUGGUGUAUCGAAAAAUGGACUCAGUUCACUAGAUUUAUUUCGACAGUUGAUAACACACAUUGGUAAUGCAAUGGGAUACAUUCGAAUGAUGAGAUCGGGUGGAAUUCAUGCAUGUUCAACGGCAACGUUAUAUUUGGCAAUUGAUGAUGAAAAGCUGGAAUUCCAUGGUCCAAACAGUCAGCUAUCGGGUACGGCUCAAAGCUCUGUUGACAAUCUUGAGAACGAAGUGAAGCAUUUACAUCACAAUUAUGCUGAAGCCACCGAAUAUUUUCGUUUACUUGUGGACGCAUUUUCAACUUUCUUCCAAAAUGAUAAAAAUCCACACAUGAAACUAUUUUAUUUGAUUGUGCCAGCGCUGAUCAUGAACUAUGUGGAAUAUAUUGUGGCUGCCAAGGAAACCAUGAACAAGAAGAUAAAAGAGCUUGGCACCUGCUUUACAGACGAUGGAUUUGCAAUGGGGUUAGCCUAUGUGCUGAGACUAUUAAAACAAAAUGCAGACUUCAAUUCAUUGCACUGGUUCAAAGCAGUCCGACAAAAAUUCUCGUCCGAAUUGGAACAGCUGGCGAAAGCACGUGAAGAGAAUACUGACACCAAUCUAAAACUUCAACAAACUCUUGCCUUGAGCGAAAAACGAAUCAAUGUUAUUCAACAUGAAUUUGACUUUUUUUAUUGCAGUUUGAACAGUGCAAAAAUAUUUUUUCAAUAACGAAAUUAUAAAAUCGCAAUUAUUUUUUUAAUAAAUAUAUUUUAUUCUUAUUGUUAAUUAA